GAUAAAUUUGGCAGCCUCAAAGUUUGUCUUCCUUUUAGCACAUUUUUUUCGUAUUAUGUUUACAGUAAUUGCCUCUUUGUCAGAGGACAAGCAGGCGAAACUUUUUAAAUUUGUAUGCAUGAAGGUCAAAACCUUGCAGGGUGGUUUAACACAACAAAAAACAUAUUAUUUUGGCCAUGCACUGUAAAUAUAUAAUAUAUGUAAAAAAAAGCAAAAAUCUAGCAUAACCCAAAUGCAAGGUCACAGCUUUAUCAUCUGGCCUACUUUCAUGCAAAUAACUCCAAGCAUUUCUUGCAACAUGAUGGCCAACCAAAAUACUAUAAAAUCCACAUUAGCCUACUCUAAAAAGAUACACAAUCUAAAACCUUUGAUCUCUUCAAUAUGCAAGCCAUUUAUUCUUCAGAUCUUCUCUCUGCCAAGAGAACAAAUCUAGAGAAAACCUCUAAACCAAUUCUCUUUCUAACACUAACUCUUGUUCUCUUCACCAUCUCCUCUCUCUACUACUAUUCUUUACUAGGACAGUCAAUUCAAUAUGAACCUUCACCACCUCCUCCCUCGUCAUCACAUAACAUCAUCAUUGAGCAAAUAAAUAGUGUUAACAAGGCUAAAGAGUGUGUCAGUUCAAAAAAAAACAAGGCUAAAGAGUGUGAUAUUUUCAGAGGAGAGUGGAUACCAAGUCCUAAUGCACCUUAUUAUACAAAUGAUACAUGUUGGGCAAUUCAUGAGCAUCAAAAUUGCAUGAAGUUUGGAAGGCCAGAUACUGAGUUCAUGAGAUGGAGGUGGAAGCCGAAGGAUUGUGAUUUGCCUAUAUUUAACCCGGCGCAAUUCUUGGAGAUUGUCAGGGGAAAGUCUUUGGCUUUUGUUGGAGAUUCAGUGGGAAGAAAUCAGAUGCAAUCCUUGAUGUGCCUCUUAAAUAGAGUAACAUAUGCAGUAGAUACUUCCCCCACAACCGAUGACAAGUCCAAGCGUUGGUCAUAUCCUACACACAAUUUCACAUUAGCCAACUUCUGGUCACCAUACUUAGUAAAGGCUCAAGAAGCUGACCCUCGAGGCCCAACACUAACUGGCCUCUUCAAUCUAUACUUAGAUGAGCCUGACUCAAAUUGGACAACCCAAAUUGAAAAUUUUGACUAUGUAAUUGUAUCCACAGGUCACUGGUUCUUUCGUCCAACAAUGUAUUAUGAAAACAACAAUCUCAAAGGGUGUCACUACUGUCUACAGAAAAAUAUCACAGAUUUGACAAUGUACUAUGGUUACAGAAUGGCCUUUAGAACUACAUUUCGAGCUAUUAACAGCUUGCAAAAUUUUAAAGGGAUGAUAUUUCUUCGAACUUUUGCGCCAUCACAUUUUGAGAAUGGAGAAUGGAAUAAAGGGGGAAAUUGCAUAAGAACAAGGCCUUUCAGGAGUAAUGAGACGAGGUUGGCUGGAGUUAAUCUUGAGCUUUACAUGACACAGUUAGAGGAAUUUUGGGCUGCAGAAAGGGAAGGAAUGAAGAGAGGUUUGAAGUUUAGGUUGCUGGAUAUAACGGAGGCGAUUUUGUUAAGGCCAGAUGGGCAUCCUAGUAAAUACGGGCACAUGCCUGGUGAAAAUGUUGUUAUGUAUAAUGAUUGUGUGCACUGGUGUUUGCCAGGACCGGUUGAUUCGUGGAAUGAUUUCCUACUGAAUAUGUUGAAGAUGGAGGGUUGGAGGUCUGCUUCUGCUAGGCUCCCUCAGAUUUAGUGUAAAAUGUAUGGUGAGAGGACACUAUCAAGUAACUGUGCAUUUUGGCUGUUGCUUGUGCAUGUUCAGCAAA